AUGGGACACAGAGCUGAAGUUGAGCUACAGCCACCACCUCCUUCUCUACAGCGUGGUCUUGCGCCUCAGCACGAGGCCCAACUGUACACAGAUUUGACAGAUCUCAACGCACAUCACAAAGCGCAAGCAGAUCUGUACAAGGAACAGAACGAUGCGUUGCGGGCCCGAGUGCGCGAGCUUGAAGCAUCCGCUCUUGAGACUGCCGCCAGAAGCAAUGGUCUAUUGCGAAAGACCACGCAUCGCCUCUCCAACAAGCCUCUCAACUCCCCACAGAGAUGCCUCACGUCUUUGCUACCAUCUGCAAAGCCGAAGGAUCCAUCGUCAUCCCACCAAAGAAAUCAUCCUCGUGGCCUUAUACCUCUCCCGAAGACGAGCCUGCGCGGAUGUGUGAUCUCACGCCGUCAGGUACGCUCGCCUAGAUAUAUCAAAUCGAGCUUCAUUAUAUAUCGUCCUACUCUUGGCGUACUCAAGGCACGAGAGAGACCCGUAUCUGAUCUGCAUCUCGAUGCGGUGGAGUUGCAAGAAGAGGAGUCUCAACCAGAGAAUCCCCGCGACCUGGAUUCUGAGCAUGGGGACUCCCAAGUAGAUCAAACUCAGGCGGAGCAAGCUCAUGCAGAGGAGACGCAAGCGGAGCAGAUCCAGAUCUGGCAGAGCCAAGUCGAAGGCCCCUCGAUGUUGCCACCGCCCACGCAAAAUGCCUACGGAAAACUUCUCAUGCAUGAGACUUCGCUUGAUAACGACGAAUUCUACACCUCGGAGGCGGGAUCAUCGCGCAUAUCGCAGGAGGAGCAAGCAUCAGUUCUGGCCAGGGCUCUUCGCAUCGUGCAAGAGUCAGUCCACGAGACGUUGCGUCUUACCCUGCCUGAGAUACAGAAUGAGCACUGGAGCGAAGGCCCAAGCAUGGUCAAAUUCGGACAUCAGGAUCUUACUGCGCAAGGUCUUGGAGCUGGUCUCCCCGGUAUGAAGUCCAAUGAAAUCGCUCAGGGCAUCGCACACCUGUCGCUCUUUGCACAGAUCACCCUCCGAAAUGAUGUCUGUCAUCCGGGAAGGAAUUUGCCCAAUCAAGGUCGAUACAUCGACGCCACCCUCGAGCGGGCUCAAAGACUGACUGCGAAUCUCCACGACAGAAAGCAUACUCUCGAACUCCGUGCUUUGCGCGUGCGGACGAUGCAAGAGCUAGAAAAGUCAGCAGAAGAGAUAAGACGGCUCUCUUUGUUGCAGACACCGCAUACCAGAUGGCCGAUCAAGUAUGAGUGGCUUUUCCGCCAUGCCCUGGACGACGAAGAGACAGUUGUGCCCUUCUACCUCCAGCUUGCCAAAAUCUGGAAUCGAGGCGGUCAUCCUCUCAGUCAAGGUUUCCCGGCCGUUGGGUAUAUUGAAGAUGGCGAUGGUUACAGGCGUAUUCCUGGCCAGGAUCACCAGUACUUCGAGCGAGUGAACAAGGCCAAGUGGGAUGCCGGAUCAUCGGACUUCAAAGCAACAAUCCAGGCGCUCGGUGCAUUGCCAGAAAAUCUUGAGGUGUCGCMAGCCGCGAUGCUGGAGAAAGUCAAUGGUCCACACAUACCAUGGGAAAUUGAUCCUUCGGCUGGUAUGAUGAGUGAUGCGUGGGAAUUGCAGGAGGACAACGCGGUGGACUUCACGGAUCAAGCAGUGGCUUACUUGUAUGACAACACGACCAAUAGCGAGUUUGCGGAGAACGAGGCGCCUGAGAAUCUUGCAGACACAGACGAUGAGGCAUGCGGAGGGGAACGAGAUGUUGUGAGUCUGGUGGGUCUGGGGGAACAUGUUCCCUUGCAGAGAGAAGCAGCAGCGAGUAACGCAAGUAACUUUGAUGCUGAGGAGGAUGAUGAUGAGCAAUGGGAAAAGGAGGAUUGGGAAACCGUAGUAGACAGUGACGAUAGAUGA